AUGUUGUUCCGAACCUAACUGUGUUGUGGUGACCUUUCCCUUCUAACUCCCCUUCCCUGGGUUUCUGUAUUGUUCCCAAACCAUGUCACAGUCAGAAAGGGAAGCUUCAAGGCGUGAACGGCACUGGACUAAAGUCAACUGUGAAACUCAAACUGGGUUUCUUGAAAUAGCAGUCAUGGCCAUGCACGUCAAAACUCAUCACAGAAAUACUGUGCAGACUCGGCUAAUACAGUGGCAAAGUGAAAGACAAGGAAGAGACAGAGAUUUGCCUCCCAGGGGACAGAGAAGUUAUCCACUGAGCUUUGAAAUACGAUACUAUUUUCAGAAUACAAAAGUCAAGAUAUGAAUGAAGUAAAAUCUCAGCUAUCUAUAGGGAUUGGUGAGCAGGAGGAAGGGAUGAUGUAUGAAUAGGAAAAGAACAAGAGAACAUGUAUUGAGUUAGUUUGGGCUUUUGCACUGUGUUUUCCAGCAUGCAGGAGGUGGUGUACGACACCAUUACUCCUGAAAUUCCCACCCUGUGCUCCCAGAGAUUCGGCUUUAGGGUGGGUAUGGGCAGAGCUAUCCUGUGUCUACGAUCCCAGCAAAGUUAAUCCACUGCUUGGAUAAUCAAUCCACAGAUAAUUUAGAGUUGGUAAUAAAAUAUCUUUCAGUUUGAAGGCCUUAAUGAAAAAUGGUCAAGAAAAGAAUUUUGAGUCAGCCCAAAAUAAAUUUUGUGAUCCUGGUGAUUCUUUUAAGAAAAAAACCUCUGAACUCACUGUCAUUCAUCUAAACAUUUCACUUCUACAAAUGACAACUUUUAUUUGGUUUACACAUUGUUUAUUCAUUAAUUUUUAACAUACGCACCACUUUUCAAACAGAGAUGCCAUUUUGAAAUUAAAAGCUAAAAGAAUGUUUUAAAAAUAGCAAAAGGAUUAUUUUGUUUAUUAAACGGAUUUGCUAAAGUCAGCCUGGUAUCAUGAAUAACCUCUCCUAUGCUUAAACUGUGUUGUCGGGCAAAUUUAUUUCUAGCUCAAAUAAUUUUCUUCAGCCUUGGCGUAAAGUCACAGGGGGAUUUUUUGAUUGACUGGAAGCAGCGAAGGAAGGGUGGUGAAGAGAAAACCAGUAGUACAUGAGGUCAUUAGGCAGAGACAAGGCCUUCAAAGGAGGAAAGGGGAUGUCUUUUAGUAUAGCAUGAUCCUGCAAUGAAUGGCAGAUCAGGGAACCAUAGAGCGUAGCAACACGUGGCCCUUGUGAGAUUGUGUUUGUUUGGUUUUUUUUCUGCCUGCACAACCCCAGUCCUUUUCUGUGCUUGUCUGUGCUUGUACAAUCCUGCAGAUGACAAAACCAGUUCUGUGGUUUUAUGGUGCUCUUUGCUGGAGAAGGGUAUUCACUUAAAAACUUGUUUGAUUGCAUCUGUUCUUUGGAUAAGUCAGAAGUGAAAACAAACAAAAAAGAUUCUUCUUGGAUCUCGCAUGAGGGGAGUUAUGCUUUGCUCCAUCUCCUAAACACACCGUUAUUGCACCUGCAUACCAAACAGAAGCAGUGUCUAUCCGAGCCUUUCCUGGCUGAUCUAGCACACGCCCAUGGAAAACCCCGCUGCAAGUGUAGUUUAAACCUUAGCUCUAGUGAGAGGCGAUGAAUGUAACGACAGUGAGGGCCAGGUAGGUUGUCAAUAACCCAGCACCAGACGAGUGAGAGAGCGUGGCACAGAGGCUCCAAGUUCAUAUCCUACCAGCUCUUUGCAGUUGCGGUCCAGCCACAUAAACUAGAUUUUAAUGGAGAGUUGUAGAAAAGUCUCAAAGACCUAGCAGGAACCUGGAGCCACCUAAAUCAGCUGUCCUCUUUACGACGGAAUAUAUGAUUAUGAAAUAUAUACGAUGAGAUUAUGUACUGGUCAUUUCAUUGUCAUUUAUUCAUAAGGGAUUUUAGAUUGACUAGUUCAGAGCCAGACCUUGAUAUCUAGAGAACGCGGGCAGGAUUCUGUUACCCUCAUAUAAAAGUGUCAUCUGAGAUGACCUGGGGUGUUCACCUGGCUUCUAGAUGCUGCCCUAGAAGGAUGAAUUUCCCCUACAUCCCUUCUCAUACCUGUCAUCUCUGUAUGGAUGUCCUCCUGACCCUGUGAUGUCUUAGAUGUCUCUGUAUGGGCAAAUACAUCAAGCUUUAAGUGUCUGCUAUGCGGACAGCUGCAUGACUCGCUAGGAUCUGUCAACUAAUAGCAGGAUUUAGUUGACUCAGAUUAGAUGCAUAGUGCUACUUGAGAUGCUCUGAAGUGUUCAGUUUUUAGGUUCAGCUUUUAGAAAUGAAAAAUUUACCCUGCUUCCAUGGAUUUCUCUGCAGGCCCAGUAGUAGAGAAAAAUCCAACCACUUAUACAGAUGUAGAUUUACCAGACAGAGAGAAAAAAGGAAAGAUUAGAGAGCACGUUGGUGCCUACUUCUAAACUAAAAGUUUUUUCCAAAACUUUGCCAUUUAUUUCCUGCUGAAUGUGCUUUUGACCCUUUGCAUCCCAAUGCCUUCAUCCAGAAUCAUAGCAUCAUUGAAUGGUUUGGGUUGGAAAGAACCUUUAAGCCCAUCUAGUCCCACCCCCUGCCAUGGGCAGGGACACCUCCCUCUGGCCCAGGCUGCUCCAAGCCCCAUCCAACCUGGCCUGGAACCCCUCCAGGGAUGGAGCAGCCACAGCUUCCCUGGGCAACCUGGGCCAGGGACUCACUAUCAUCAUUGUGAAGAAUUUCUUCCUAAAGUCUAAACCUUAAUCUUCCCCCUUCCAACUUAAACCAUUCCCCACAUGCUAUGACUCCAUGCCCUUGUAAAAAGUCCCUCCCCAGCUUUCUCACAGGACCCCUUUGAGUACUGGUAGUCUUCUAUAAAACCUCCUUGAAGCCUUCCAAUUUGUACAACUGAUCUUUGGUGAUCUCUGUUCUCUUGAAGCAAGAGUGUCUUGGAAUACUUUUCCCUUUUGGAUCUGCUGCCUAGGCACCCGUGUUUAAAAACUUGGCUUCAGGGCCAGCUACAUCUUAGUAGCUGGUAACAUGUGGCUUUCCCAAGGCCAUGCAGCUAUUCAGUGGCGAAGAUACAACUGUGCCCACAUUCCUUGAAGCUGAUCCCUUACAGCAACACCUGGACAUCCCUCCCUGCUGCUUCUCCUCCGAGGCAGAUUAGGAGUUGGCAUCGCUGCACGCACGUUCCGACACUCAGUCCCUCUCUGUCCGGUAAUACCUGUUCUCUUUGACACUCCUCCGUUUCUGUUACUGCUUCCCUGGGCUGAGCUGCUUCCUGGCACUCACAGUGGGAAACGUGAAGUCUCACACUGCCGGGAUUGCAGGGAAUGAAGGUGGAUCAGGCAGCCAGCAACCACAGACCGUCUCGUGUGGUGCCUGCUGUCAGAGUGCCUUUGUUUGCGUGGCACUGGUGGAUUAUUAGGUUCUUGGGCAGCCUGAUCCAGAGAGAGGGUCCCUACCCAUCUCAGGUGGGUUGGAACUGGAUGAUCUUUAAGGUCCCUUCCAACCCAAACUGUUCUAAGAUUCUAUGAUUCUAUGGUUCUGUGAUUAUUGGAGGUGGACCUGACUGAAUUUAAUACCUGCAGAUAGGUGGAAGCCAGGUGCAAGUCUGUGACUUUACAUUGCACUCCUUGCUCCUUAGGAAAGGAGCCUGAGAAGCUGUAAUAGCUACAGUUAAACAAGCACAUGGAUGGUGGAGCUGCAUUCUCUACACCAGCUUUUUCAUGUGUUUAAAACAAUUAGUGUUUUGUGACUAGUGGGGGUGUCUGCCCGCAGAUCAAUGUGCAGGGAGCACUCAGCAGCGAGUUGAUAAGGUCUGAAAGGGUCUCUUUGAGCCUCCUGGAAUUAGCUGCCUCCUUAGCUUCAGUCUUCAACAAAUAAAAUCAAAUCAUUAACCCACGUUCACUCACCUCUCCGAAGGGGAAAUGGUGUCUGGGUGAAACACAAUACGAGCAGGCUUCUGAAGGAAGUCAUAAACUCAGGUCUGCCCUUCCCAGUGAAGGCUCAAGAGAAAGCAUGUCUGUUUGCCAGGUGUGGAUGGAUCGCUACAGCGCAGCACCGGCAAAGGGUUGCCAGCUCUUCCUGUGUUUUCCAAGACGUAUUACAAGCUUAGCUGAACCCACUGUUGAUAAAGGCUCCUUUGAUUUACACAAGAGAAAAGAAACCUGAUUAUGUAUUUGCUGUAGCGUAGGUGGGUGUGUGUAAAUGAUGGCAUGAAAGAGCAGGAGACGGGGGAGAGAAGAUGCUGCCUGGAUGCAGACAAGAGAAGAAGAAAGGGAGAUCAGCCACCUUCUACCCUCUAGACAACACCCCCUUCCUGCUUCCUGUGGAUGAGACACAACCGCCGGCACUCGACAGAAGCAUGGAGCCCGUGGGCGUUAGCACAGAGAUGGCCCUGCUCAGCAACAUCCUAGCAGCAUAUGCCUUUAUCACAGAAAACCCCGAGCGAGCUGCUCUGUAUUUUGUUUCUGGAGUGUGCAUUGGACUCGUCUUGACCCUUCUGGCCCUGGUGCUAAGGGUGUCCUGCCGAACUGACUGCAAACGCUCCUCCCCGAAGAAGCCUCCUCGGGAGCGGGAGAGCGAUAGCGACAGCAGCGACAGCGAUGAUGAUUCGGACACCACUUCAGACCUGUCUGCGCGCAGGCACCGCAGGUUCGAGAGGACUUUGAACAUGAACGUCUUCACUUCAGCCGAGGAGCUGGAGCGAGCUCAGCGGCUGGAGGAACGGGAGCGCAUCAUCCGGGAGAUCUGGAUGAACGGGCAGCCGGACAUCCCAGGGACCAGGAGCCUCAACCGUUACUACUAAGUGAUGGGGAGUCCAAGCGUCCUGCCCUGCAUCCGGGGGCUCUUCCACACGUGAUAGAGGAGAGGGAGGAAAGGAAGGAAUCUUACAUGCGUGUCUCCUCUUUUCCUUUCAGGUGUGCUGGAACAGUCUGGAUGGACAGCAAUAAAGCUUUCCCCAUCUCCUUCUCCCUGACAUAUUGCUAACACCCCUCUCCACAGACGCUUUCUGGUUACAACAGAGGGGUUUGCCAGCUUCAUUUCUUAGUAGCAGGCAGGAAGGGGACAAUUAGAGUCCUCCCAUGUGGGACAUAGAAUUUGGCAUGCUGUGGUACAAGCGUUCCUCUCGUGUCUGGGGAGAGAAGUUGUCCAGGUUGUGGUGUUCAUUUAGGAUUUUUUGGUUUCCCUUUCCUGAGGACUGUGGGAGGAUUGUGAACAAAAGGACAAAUCUGGAAAGAUGAUUUGGGAAGAGAGAGGGAGGUGCAUCCUGACCAAUUGUCUUGUGACUUCAGAAGCCAUGAGAUUAACCUAAUUAAAACCCAACGGCAAAUAUGACUUGUUAAGAACUAAGGGUUGGGGGGGGAGGGGGAUUCUUCCAUCAUGAAAUCAUCUCGGUGCUUGGAUGUUUGCCAUAGUGUAUUCAGUUAUUUAUGGCUGUCUUUUCAUAUUCCUUUUCAAUGGGAGCAUUUAUUAUUUUUUUUUUACUGACACCUCAGGGAUAAAAUCCUAUUAUUUUUUUGAGUCUGUUCUCCCUGCUGGCCCCUAUCAAACAAACCCAACCCACCUCCAACAGUGAAAUUAUGGUAAUAUAAGAGAUGUGUCAGUGACCAGUGAGAAGUUAACAACCUCAAAGAGGUUGAAAAGGGUUUUCUUUUUGUUUUGUUUUAAAUAUAUAUAUAUAUAUAUAUAGGAAGAUGCUGCACAGGAAUGUGCCUUAUUCUUUUUUUGUUGUUGUUAAACUACAGUUUUCCAAUGGAUAGCGAUGCACAAUGUUUUAUAUAUUUUAUUAAAAAAAUAAUAAAAAAAGGUCUAUGUUUACCAGAGGGAAAUGGAGACAGAAGAAGCCACAUAUGACAACAGAAUGGGUAAUAAAUGCUAAAUAAACUCUGGUUUGCUUCAA